UGAUGAGCAAACGGAAAAGUAGCGAGGCGCUCAGCUCCUUGGCAACCUCACCAACAACAACAACAACCUCACAGCAUCGUCCUCAGUAUGGCGACGCCCAACGCUGACGGCCAGCCAUCACGGCGCUUUAAGCCAAAACCAAAAGCCCCGCGACAGCAGGUGACCGAGGUGCAAGGUGCAGGGCCAGUAGAUCACAUUCAGGUCCUGCCUCCGCAGCAGCUGAUCCCUGUUCUGCAAACGGGAGAGACGCAAGCGCCGGGUGCUCAGCCACCCACUGGUCCCGCGCUCGAGCGACAGGCGCAGCUCCAAAGGCGCGAGAUCGAGCAACAGCACAGGCGUGAGGCCGAGUUGCAGAGGAGGAGAGAGAGGAGGGAGCAUGAGGCCAGCAUGAGACAGGAUAUCAUUCAAAAGUGGCAGAGAACAAUCGAACGAGAAGAGCAAGAGUGCAGUCAUUGGGCCCUGCAGGGUGAGGACAAGACUAUUGAGGCGUCACUUGGCAGGCAAUUGGCCCAGCACUGGAACAGUACCCGUCCUUCCCCUCGUCAAGAGGAAAAGCGCAGCAAGAUCGUCAGGGAUGUUCAGGCCUGUAUCACCAAAGCCUGGCCUCGCUGCGCCCUCGAAAUCGCACCUUUUGGCUCUUCAGUCACUGGCAUCGUCACCGCCACAUCAGACAUCGAUCUCGCCCUCCUCGACCCGAGUAGACCCUUUGGCGUCGGCACACCUCCCGAGCUUCGCGUUCGCGUACCGGGGCUCAGUGACGAGGAGGACGGCGCCGACGAUGAUGAAGACCUCCCCUCGUGGUACGACGUCCGUAACGUGGCCAAGGCUCUACGUCGCUACGGCGGUGCAAGCCCAUCCCGGCAGGGCCGUCCUCUGUUCACCCAAGUCUUCCCGAUUACGGGCGCAAAUGUCCCCAUUGUCAAAUUCAAGGAUCUCGACACGGGGCUGAGCGGUGAUAUUAGUGUCAACGACAGAUUCGGAAGGCACAAUUCAGGCCUGAUCAAGGCAUAUGCAACUUUGAGGGAGCAGACGUUCAGGCCGCUGUGCUUUGCCGUCAAGCAUUGGCUAAAGAGGAGGAAGCUCAAUGAUCCAUCGGGAGAAGGAGGACAGGGGAGCAGUCUCUCCAGCUACUCGAUCGUGCUGCUCGUCAUCCAAUAUUUACAGACCCAACGACUCCUCCCUUCACUGCAGAAUGAUGCACUUCUUGCCUCUCAGGGUAUCCCUCGCAACUACAUCUUUCGCGCGCCAAAGCUACCCCGUCGCCGUGCUGGGGACCCUCGUCCAGGCUCCACCACGGACGCGCGGCGCCCAGAGGCAACAAGGUACGACGUCACCUACCUAGACACCUCGCUCGCCGAGCAUCGCGGGAUCAGAGACGGCGGCUGGACGUACUACCUGCGCGCUGGGGACGAAGAAGGACGACGUCUGGCACAAGAAAUCAACAAAGAGCAAUGGGACCAGCAGCGGGCUGCUCAUCCAGAGAAGUUUGGCAAUCUCCCCUGCACGGCCGACGUAGGGCUACACCGAAGCACAGACGCUUCAGGCGAAGACGCAAUCACGACUCUCGGUCGGGACUUCAUCGGCUUCAUUCAAUGGUACUCGUCCCUGUCCAAGCGAGACUACGUAAUCGACGUCAAGCACGGCGCCCCCCGCAAGUCAAAUACCAUCCAGACUCGUCGUGCCUGGCAAGAAGCCAACGGGCUGGGAGACGGCAUCCCGCGAGGGGUUGCUGCUAGUGAGUCUUCUUCGUCCGACUCGGCCUCCUCAUCGUCGUCAGACGGCGAGCAGCUCCUCAUUCCAGGCGCAGAGCAAGCUCCUCGCACCCGCGCAAGGGAUCACGAUCCCGAUCAGCCCCUCGAAUGGGAGUCAGACCGCAUCGUCAUUCGGGACCCUUUUAUCCUGGAUCGCAACACGGCAAAGAACAUUCACCGGGUCCCGGCAGACAGGAUAGACGUUGAGUUCUCGCGCGCGGUGCGCAUGAUUGAGGAGGGCACGAUCAAGCAGGAAUCUGUGGACUUACCCGUGGGAGAAGUCACAGGCAUUGCACCUGGCCCACUGCUGCUCAGUCAGCUCUGCCUACCUUAUGAGUACGUCGAGGCGCUGAGCCGAGAAGAGCAGGAGAAAGCGCGCGUGGAGCGCCGCGAGAAACGCGUGGCCGCCGCUACGGCUGCUGCGGCUGCCGUUCAGGGAGAGGGUGAGGGAGGAGCAAGUGAAGAGGCCAGGGCGGCAUUCGCUGCCAAGCUAGCUGCAGAGCUAAGCAGCUCUGACCUGGACGUUGAGCUUGAUGGCAUGGGUUUGGGCUCAGGACGUGAGGGAGCAGGAAAGGCAAAGAAAUCGCGUAGAGGACGAAAGAGUCGGGGUGGCAAUGCUCCAGGCGGCAGUAUCUUCACCGAUCUCCCGGCAAGGCCACACAGUGGGAGCAGUGAUACUGCUAGCCUUGCUCUGCCUCCUGCUGCACCCUUUCCUCGUGCCGGUGGGGCUCGCGGUGGCAGCAGCAGGGGUAGGGGAGGGCUGCGACCAGAUUCGGCAGGCUACAGUACCACGGGGAGCAGUAGUGCCACGAAUGGUACGGGGUCUAGCUUUGGGAGGGGGCGGGGGAGAGGCAGGGGAGGGGGAGGGAAGUUCCGCAACGCCAACAGAAGCAGCUCUGGAUCUCGAGGCGGUGGAGCAACGAUGGCGGGUGUGCCAACGGGGCCUGCUACCGCGUCGGGCACGUAG